AUGACUAAGAAUACAAAGAGUGUUCGAAUAGCCAGCGACACGAGAAGUCAAGAGCCUAUUUUGAACGAUGGUGUCAACCAGCGGCGUGGGAAAGCAAGUUUGCCUUAUGAGCUCUACAAUGUGGGCUGGAUAUGCUCUCUUCCUAUUGAGUUAGCUGCCAGUAUAGCCAUGCUCUCAGAUAUCCAUGAGCCCUUGCCGGGCAAACAGCAUGACAGCAAUACAUACACCUUGGGCCAUAUUGGUCCGCACAACAUCAUUAUCUGCUGUCUCCCCUCCUAUGGAACGAACAAUGCGGCAGUGGUAGCAAGCAAUAUGCGCCGCACGUUUCCCGGCAUUCAAUUCACGAUGCUGGUUGGCAUUGCUGGCGGAGCCCCUACCAACGUUGAUAUCCGACUUGGAGACGUCGUGGUGGGCACUCGGGUAGUGCAGUAUGAUAUGGGGAAGACUGUGGAAAAUGGGAAGGUACAACGGACCGGAAGUCUCAAUGGUCCUCCACAAAUUCUGUUAACUGCCAUUGCAAAGCUUCAAGCACAAAGCAAGUCAAGACAGAACAUACUGGCUCUCGUACUUUCUGAGAAGGGUUUCUACCGGCCUGAUCCUGCAACCGACCUCUUAUUUGAGAGCACGUAUGAACAUACCAACUUGGACAGUACCUGCAGAUCCUGCGAUCUGUCGAUGCUAGUGCAGCGGCCACAGAGAGAUGGCGAUGAACUAAAGAUUCAUUACGGAGUAAUUGCUUCUGGGAACCAGGUUAUAAGACAUGCUAUCACCCGAGAUAUACUAGCUGAGGAGCUGGGCAUGUUGUGUUUUGAGAUGGAAGCUGCAGGAAUCAUGAACACCUUACCCUGCCUCGUUAUCCGUGGUAUAUGCGAUUACUCAGAUUCGCAUAAGAACAAACACUGGCAGGAGUAUGCGGCGGCCGUCGCAGCUGCUUACGCUGCAGACCUUCUGUCGUUCGUUCAUGCAAGUGAUAUCAAUACGGGCUCCCCCAUUUUUACAAGUGACCACGACAGCAACAUCAACUGGAGCUUGGGUGGUAAUGCUCGCGGUGGUGACGCGUACGGCGGGAAUGCAUCAGGAGGCAACGCUCGUGGGGGAGACGCCCGUGGGGGAGAUGCUCGUGGGGGCGCUGGAACUGGGGGUAAUGCUCGAGGCGGUGAUGCGUCAGGCGGCUUUGCUCGCUGGGUGGGUCAGUAUGGAGGCGAUGCUCGGGGAGGGGAUGCCCGUGGGGGAGAUGCCUGGGCUAACAUGUUUGAAGGGUAA